CUUUAGGAUGCACAGGUAGACACCUUGAUUUGGAGACAAUCCACAGAGGAAAAUCCACCAGGAAGAACGCCAACCACUUUUUUUUUGCUUCAAAAAAACAACAAUUUCUUAAACUUUUCUUUUUGUCAUUUUGCACUGUUUUCUUUAGUUUGACGAGUUGAAUAAUGGCAAAUGCAGGCAUACAGAUUCUAGGCUUUACAAUGGCCUUCAUCGGUUUCAUUGGCACUAUAGCAUCCACAGUCAUGGUGGAGUGGAAAGCUUCUUCAUAUGCAGGGGACAACAUCAUCACGGCUCAGGCGUUGUAUGAGGGGCUCUGGAUGAGCUGCGCUUCACAAAGCACUGGACAAAUUCAGUGCAAAGCCUACGAUUCGCUCCUCCAGCUGCCAGGGAUUGUGCAAGGAACACGUGGACUGAUGUGUGCCUCCAUCUUGCUAAGUUUUAUUUCCAUGUUGGUGGCAGCCGUGGGCAUGAAAUGCACCACAUGCAUGUCUUCACAACCACAACUGAAAGACAAAGUGGCCCUGGCUGGAGGGGUUAUCUUCCUUUUUGCUGGUCUGCUUGCUCUUGUGGGAACAGCUUGGUAUGGCAACAGAAUAGCAGCGGACUUUUACGACCCCUUCACUCCAACUAAUUCCAGGUUUGAAUUUGGGAGUGCCCUGUAUGUUGGAUGGGGAGCUGCCUGUCUAAUCCUUAUAGGUGGAGGCUUCCUUUGCUGCAACUGUUCCAGUGGUGGCUCCCAGAAAGCUCCACAUUACCCGAUGUCCAACGCUCCUGGUGGCAGGGAUCGCGUGUAGGAGCAUAUUCACUCCUGCAGCUUCUACUCACAGAGGGCGGCUGAGUUUACAGGGCUCUUGUAAAGUUUUGCAACUUGUUUACGGUGUGUGUCAGUAUCUGUGGCAGUUAAAGACAGGACUGAAAAUUUUAAAAAACUACAUUUUAGAAAUUACAAUCAAUAUUGAAACAGGUUUUUAAAUGGUUAUAGAUAACAAUGUGGUGAGAUAGAUUACAACCAACAAGUAAAUUACAAACAUUUUACUUAGAACUGAACAUUACCCUGAUAGCAAAAAAUGUUUGACCAAAUUUGGCCUUGACUUAUGGCGUUGACAAAAUGUGAAUGUAGCUGCAAAACUCAGCCACAUGAUUGCCGCGUGUGCUUCCAAUGUUAGGACCACUUCUGGCCCUUAAAUUACUGUAACCCACGUCCAGGCCAACAGCUUACAUCUGGAACAUGGCCCAUGGGAGACUUGCCAUAAUACAAAACAGGCUGGAAACUGAUAUCUGGUCCACAUCUGGCCCACACAACAUUGAGCCAUAGCCCGGAUUUGGCCCAAACAUAUCUGCUAACUGGGGAUAAAUUAGUAACAGCAGAAUCUGAAUCAGUUUACUUGAAAAAAUCUGAACAAGUUUAAAUUUUUUCUGUUUUUGUCAUAGUCUUUGCAACUAAUACAUGUCAUUAAAUAAUGCCAAAGCUUUUUUUUAUUUUUGUUGCUUUGCUUGAUUUAAAAUCUCAGCAUUAUUCUUUUGUAUCGUUUUAAAUAAAAUUCCUUUUAUGUUAUGA